AUGGUCAAAUAGGAUGCCUAAUUUGUGAACAACCAUGCUCAAAACUCUUUUCGAAUUUUCAAACAAAAUGUAAAAAAUUCUAGAAUGGUUUUAAACAACAAAGUAAAUAAUCCUUAAGAAACUUUUACUUCGAGAAAUGCAUAUUAAGUCCCUUAAUAUCAUCUAAAAGAGUAACAAUAUAAAAAAGUCGAAGAAUGGCAAAAAUAAUAGGACUUAUUGGUUAAGUAUUCUUAUUAAAAUAAUCAUUUCAUUCCAAAUUACCCUUCAAAAAUAAAAGCAGAUUUAUCUCUAAGAUUUUAAAGACAUUAUGCCUAAAACCAAUAAUUUGAUAAGGUAAAAGAUCAAAAUGAUUCUUAUUAACAAACAAACGAGAUUAAUUAAACUACGAAUAAUAAUACUGAGUUGGCUGAAUAAAUAAUAUAGAAAACUAUCAUAAAAAAAGUGGAAAUACAAAAAAAAUCAAAUUUAAAGAGAGCAAAAAAUCAGACAACCGAAAAAAAGACAGUCAAGAUAAAAGAUAAUAAGAAAUCAAUCUCUGAAUCACCCGAAAAUCAACCUAAGCUAAUCAAUAAACCUCCUUUACCCAAAAUUCAAAAUGAUAAACUCUCGGAAUAACAAACAUCCCUAUAAUAAUAACCUGGAAUGGAAACUGUAGAUUCAUUUCUUAGAAAUGCCAAAUGA